AGGUCUUGUCACGAGUCUCACGACUCUACAAAUAGACCACAAAUCAGAGUACUUCAAACCUUGAGCUCCCUCCUCUCUCUCUCUUUUUCUCUUUCCCCCUAACCAAAAUUCUCAGAAAACAAUAUGGAAGAGACAGCACUGACAAAAGAUCAGAUCACUGAGUUCAAAGAAGCCUUUUGUCUCUUCGACAAAGACGGCGACGGUUGUAUAACGGUGGAAGAACUUGCAACGGUGAUCCGUUCUUUGGAUCAGAAUCCCACAGAACAAGAACUUCAAGAAAUCAUCACUGAGAUUGACUCUGAUGGCAAUGGUACCAUUGAAUUUGCUGAGUUUCUCAACCUCAUGGACAAGAAACUUCAGGAAAAUGAUGUUGAGGAAGAGCUGAAAGAAGCUUUCAAAGUCUUUGACAAAGACCAAAAUGGUUACAUCUCUGCCAGCGAGUUGAGUCAUGUAAUGAUAAAUCUAGGGGAAAAGCUAACAGAUGAAGAAGUUGAACAAAUGAUAAAGGAGGCAGAUUUGGAUGGUGAUGGCCAAGUCAAUUAUGAAGAAUUUGUCAAGAUGAUGAUCAAUAUUGGUUAAUUUUUUUAAUUCUCUUAAUUAUAUAAGCCAAUGAUCCUUAAUUAAUUAUCUUGUUAGUUUUUUCUUCAUUUUUUUGUCAAAGUGAUUUAAUUACCUUGUUGGUUUGAACUCCUUCGUGUUUACAAUAUUUCAACAAAUUCCAUUGUUCUACA